AAAUCCAAAGACUCCUCCUUUCCCCGGCAGCUUUUCCGGCGGAGAAACCGGCCAUUGCACCUCACAGAAAAAAGCUUUUCUCGGAACUCUUUUCCCCUGAUGAUCACCCGAUUGGCACUGUUGGUGGUUUCCACCAUGGGAACCCCUCAGUUUCUUUUUCCCAUGAUGAGAUCCGUUCCCUUGCAGACAAAUUCCAACACUCUCUUAUUGGAAGAUCCAGAGCCUCCAUCCCCAUCUCUGCCAUUAGGAAUACUCUGAAAGUCAUUAGCUUUAAAAAUGUCAAUCUCAGGAGUCUCACCAGGUAUGACACCCUAUUCUCCUUUGCUAAUGAGAAUGACUACAUCAGAUUUUUCCUGCGAAGAUCUUGGCAGUUUGGGAGCCACACCCUCGAUAGGUAAGCCUAUCAAAAUGGACGAACAUACAACAUCAGGUGCUCGAAUGGAGAGACCUAGGAUUUGCAUUGAGGUAGAUGUCUCCAAACCUCUACCUCCAUAUGUACAUGCCAGGCUGGGUGACAAGGACCAUAUUUUCCCUUUAUCCUAUGAGAAUUUACCAUCCUUCUGCCAUUCAUGCUUGAAACUUGGGCAUGCCUUGCAAAGUUGCCUUAGUCGGGGAUUUGCCGGCAGGAAAGUCCACAACAUCGGCAAGGAUAAGGUGGCAGGGGCUAGAGAUGAAGAUGCUGGUUGGAUUGUGGUUCAAGGAAAAAAGAACAAGCAACAAACGACAAAGGAUAAAGUUACCCACUUCUGGAAAAGAAAAGCUGGCCCUGCUCCGUGGUAUUCUUGCCAAGCACUGGCCUCCAAACCCAUAUUGCCCCACCCAACCCCUGUUCCUCCCAUCCCUCACCCCAAUGCUCUCUCCUUGCCAGAUGGUCCACAGCUCACUCCCUUAUUUGAUGAUUCUGAGGCCGGUGGAAGCAAAGAUGAUUCCAUGACGGACUUUAUUUCCCAAGAUCCAACCCUUACCAUCCUUCACUCCCUUGGUUUACAUGAUCUUUACCCUUCGGAUUUCUCACAGGAGGAUUUGGUGGAGCUGCAUUGUCACUCAGAAGGAGAAUACGAGCCUUUCAUUAAAGGGGAACUUCUUCCACUCCACUUAAACAUUGCUAAGCAUGUAUCUAAAGGGGUUGGUGCACCUAGGGGGCCUAGAAAAAAGAGGAGCUACCCACCAAGCAAUAUCCUCACCAGAAGCCAGAAACUUGGCAUUGGCGUCCCUCAUCCCGUUAACCUAUGAAGCUCUUAUUCUGGAAUAUCCGUGGGAUUGCCUCGUCUCUUCACAGGCUUAAAUCCCUUCUCAAUAUCCAUUCUCUCCCCUUCCUUUCAGUCCUUGAACCUCUGGUUGAUUGUAAUAAACUUCCCUUCUUUAACCUCUCUCUGGGGUUCUCCCAUUGCAUGGCAAACCCUUCUAAUAAAAUUUGGAUCUUCUG